GAUGCGGACAAUGAGCGGGAGAUAGGAGGAAACGAAAAAGGUAGGGGGAUGAAAUGUUUUAUGAUCGAAAAUCGACAUAUUUGGUUGCGUGAAGGAAUAAUGUUACGUUUUUGGAUUAGUCUUUAUUAGUAUUAAUUGUCUUCAAAUUGAAUUUUGCUACGCACUCGUUGGAAAUGUUUCUUCUAGAAACUAUGAUGGCGUUGAGCAGUUAAUUAGAAUGAUGCGGAUAAGCAAAAUGCAAGAGUAAAAAAGAAAAAGUAAUAUAUUUCGUGAUCACAAGCUAUCAUGUUUGUUUACAUAUAUAACGAAUUAACGAUAAAUUAAUCGAAUCAAGUCAUUCUUUUGCCGAAUUUAUUACAUGUUGAUUCUUCUCCUAAUUUGGUUUUUUGUUUGUAUUCGUGCAAAAGAAAAUUUCCCCACAAAUGAUUUGUCCUUUGGGUGUUUGGUAAUCAAUCACACAAAGUUAAUAUCAGAGCAUGUUUAUCAUUUAAUUAUGAAGAUUUUGUGCCUUUUUAAAAUUGUGGCCGUGUGGAUUCUGUCUGUCGAGGAAUUUCGGGGGCCCGCUGAGUGUGAGAGUGGGAUUUUAAUUUAUGGCUUGCCACGUUGGUUCGCGUUGAAAAUGCUCCUAUAAUUUUGAGGCCCAAAAAGAAGAGAUUUGCAAAGUUCGGCCCAUGCUAGAAAACGGGCCGGACAAUAAUGUCCGGGCUUAGAGCGGACACAGUUUAUGGCCCAUUAGACGACAUUUGAUUGUAGAGCAAAGUAUGGGUAAGCCCGGGAUGGAUGAUCAUAUGUCACGUUUGUAAAGCGAGCGGGGUAAAACUUUUUUAUCACCUUGUUACAUAAUCUAAAAUUGUUAUGGCGGUAAAAACAUUUUUCUAUUCCGGUGCCGCCCCGAAACGGCGCCGACUCUGCCCAAAUUAAAUUUGAAACGCCACCUCAUUUAUUAUUUUUCUCAAAAAAUAAAUCCGCGAAGGUACUUUUCUCCACGUCAGCUUAGGUGGGCCCCACUACAUUCGUGUCACCGCCUGCGUUCAUAUAAAUCUCGUUCGUCGCCUUCUCCCUUUCUCUCUCUCUCUCUCUCCCAUUCGUCCCCCGAAAAUUUUCUCCGAGAGAGAGGAGCUGAAAGGGAGCCCUAGCGGCUAGCACAGGCAGCUCUGCAAGCCGAAUCCGGCGGCUUUCAGCUCACUUUUCCCCGGCGACUACUAUAAGAUUUCUACGGUUCUCGCCGAUCUUCGCUUCUUCUGACUAUCCGAAUUACUUUCAAGGACUUAGCUUUUAUUUUUCCUUUUCAUUUUGGGUUGUUUUUCUUCGCCGGGUGUAAUUUGUGUUGAUUAGGGGAGAGGGAGAAUUCAGGAUUUUAAUUUUGGUGGUUUCAGCUGAAUUCAAAUUCUGGAAGGCUGUUAGUUGGUAAAAAGUUCUCGAAUGGAUUUGGGUUGUGCCGUCGAUUUUGGGUGGGAUCUAUUGUUCAUACUGCUUUCUAUUCAACCUGUUUCGUCUGAUUUUGGUUGUGGGGUUCAAUUUGCUCAUGUGUGUGGGGGGAAGCUGUGGGUUCCAUGGCCGGAUGAAGCUCUGAUUUUCCUUUCCUGUGUUUGAGUCGGUUUAGGGUUUGAUGACGAGGGGGCGAAGAAAUGAAAGCUAUUGGGGAGCUAGUGGUAGUGUUUAGAAUGGAUUGUGAUGAGGGUUUGUUCCAGUUUUGGAUUGCAAUUUCGCGCCGUGCUUUGGCUCUACUGUGUUUUCGCUGUUGAUUGUGGUAUUGUAGUAGGAGGUUAAGCCGUGGGGGUGCCUAUGUUUUAUCGCUGUAAAAUUUUUAUGGAAAUGAUUGAUGAAGAAUGGAAGAUUUGGGGUUUGUAUAUGAGGUGUAGUGGUACUAGUCGUAUGAGUGAAUUGAGUUUCCGUUUGUUCGUUAGGAAGUAUGGUCAUUGAUAUUGAACAUUUGGGGGCGUCUCUUGGUACUUCGGUGCUACUAUGUCUUGCUGCCAGCGGCUUUUUGGAUGGGUUGUUAGCUACCAGUUUGCCCUGCUUAUGGAUUGGAUUGCUGAUGUUUGGUUACUGUUGUUUCGGACCGAAUAUGGUUGCCUGGUUUUGUUUCUAAAACUUCUGUUUUCUAUGCUGCUGCAGUUGAAGAUCGGGUGUCUGGGUCCUUUUAGGGUUACAUUUAGAAUCAAUCAGAAGUUUCAACGAUGGCGAAGGAUAGAAGAGAUCGUUCUAGGUCAUUUGAUAGGUACAGAACUUCCCCUUACCCAAGCAGUUCCAAACGUCCCAAGCUCUCUUCACCAAAGGUGUCGUCAUCAAAGCCAGAUGAAAACAUACAAGAAUUUGAAGAUGCCCGGUGCCCCGUUUGCAUGGAGCAUCCACACAACGCCAUCCUCCUCAUUUGCUCAUCGCACGACAAAGGUUGUCGGCCGUACAUGUGUGACACCAGUUAUCGUCACUCGAACUGCUUUGAUCAGUUCCGUAAAUCGUUCAAGCAGCAGCCCCCCUCAGCACCACCGCCCGAAGAGAGUAGUAUUAGGGGCUCAACAGAGGUAGUAGUAGUCAAUCCAGAAUCGGCAACUGUUCCGAGCUCUGCUGGAAGUGGUAGUAGUAGCUGUGACAACAAGGUGCCACCUCAGCUGAUGUGCCCCCUCUGCCGAGGCCACAUCAAGACGUGGGUGGUACUGGAACCAGCUCGGAGCUUCAUGAACUCGAAAUCAAGAAGCUGUGCCAGCGAGGCCUGUGAAUUCAGCGGCACGUAUUCUGAUUUGAGGAAGCACGCGAGGCACGAGCACCCCCUCGUCAGGCCGUCGGAGGCCGACCCCGAGAGGCAGCGGGAUUGGAGACGGCUGGAGCGCCAGAGGGAUUUGGGGGACUUGCUGAGCAUGCUGCAAGCCUCGUUUGGCGAAGAGAGGGUGGGGCUCGACGAUGACAGUACCGACAUAAUGAUGCCGCCCAUUGAAGAUGGCAGUUUCCUUACCUUCUACUUCCUCAUUAGGGUUUUCAGACCGGGGGUCAUAGUCAGUGGGUCAAGGAGUAGAGGGUCAUCAAGUGCUGGAAGGCGGUCGACUGCUACUAGUGCAGAUCGUUGGGGGGAGCUUCGCAAUGAUGAAGAGACUGGAUCUUCUUCCGGAGAAGAGGAGAACAACAACAAUGAUGACUCGGACGGAGCGUCAGUACCCUCCAGGCAAAGCGAGCGGAUUCGAAGGCAGCGGAGUUCACCAGACUCUGAUGGAGUGCCCCCGGCUCUAAGGCAAAGCGAGCGGAUUAGGAGGCAGCGAAGGACUCCUGACUCGUCGUGAAUGUUGUUGUUGUUGUUUCUUUUAAGUCGGGAUGUUCGAAAUGUAAGUGCAAGCCCCGACCUUCUCCUCACUCUUUCACACGUUUGUGUAAAUGAUAAGAGAGCCUACAACCCUAAUCUCUUCCUGUUCUGCUUUUGCAGGUGGUAGAAGUGCGCCGUCGCGCUCCUGGAUUGCUUACAGACAGGGUUCGGAUGGGGGUGUGAAACAAAAGUGUAAUAUGGAAACAGGGGCUUCUUGAAUUCAAUGAAGUGAUUUGUGUUUUCAUUCUCGCAAAGUGCAUUUGCUUCAGUUCAUCAGCUGUGAUUAUCAUGGAGAAGCUUACAUUUUGUUUCUGAGGUGAUCAUCAACAAAGCAGGUUGCUGCUAUAUGUUGGUGGAUUCUGUAAAUCAGUUGUGUCUUAGCUAACAUGGGUUGGCUCGACUUUGGCUGACUAUGGAUUUCAAAUGAAACAAUUUUGAGUAGCAAUCAUGAGGCCAACCUGUGAUUUGCAGUGAACUUUGGAACUCAUCAAUUAAUAAAUCUAAUCGGUUGAAAGCUCUUUUGUUUCUUGAAAAUGAGCCAUCUAUGGAGACAUUAAUGAACAAACAAAGAAAGAACGAGGUGGAUACGAGAGUUGAUAUGAUGAGAAUUAUCUUUUCGCAAAUACUCGUAGUAAACUGAUGUUACGAGAAUAGUAGAUCUACUACUGAUGUUACGAGAAUAGUAGAUCUAUCAAGUUGUCUAUAAGAGUACUGAAUAGUGAGAUAAGAUGUCACAUACCAAUAUCUAUAAUUCUCACUAAUUUCAAAUUUGUUUAUUAGAAUGAUAAUCUAAAUUGUUAUUGCGAUAAUAAUUAGAGAUCAUCGAU